CCCCAUCCACCAGUACGGUUACCCCAAUACUCUCCUCGGCCUGUGGGGAACGUGGGGUAAGGGUUUAUGGAUUAUAAGAUGCAUUUUACAUUACUUCCAAAAGCAACAAACAUUCCUUCUCACUGACCAAAAACCAUGUCCGAACACCCCUGGUACAGCCUCCCAUCUCAACUGGGCGACACCCUCCCGGAAUUCAACUCUGCCGUGACCAAAGACCCCCAGUUCCUCGCAUUCACAAACACUACCCAUAUCUCAAAGUCGAUAUCCUUCGCCAUUAAGUCCGUCGGCAGCGACGACGCCAUCAUCUUCACCUUCAAACAGGGCACAGGAAGUGCCCGCGCUGGUUCCUACACGGAUGCAUUAUUCUCCCUCGCAGCGCUGCCAAUGCAAUGGGAGAACCUAUUCAAGAAGAACCCAGUCAUGCCGUACCAGAGUUUCUGGGCUCUCUACGGGCAGAACAUCCGCCAGGAAGGAGUUGAAGUGAUUGGCGAUCAACUCGCAUUUGCAAACUACGCGCAUAUCUGGCGCACGAUGCUGGAUAUUCUGCACGACACAUACUGUGGACCAAACGAUGUCUCUGCCCAACCAGAGCAGGAAGAAGAUCACCUGACAGGCCGGUAUAUCUUCGUGCAGAGUAAGGGCUGGGGCCGAUGCAAGAUCUUCUACGAGAGCAGUGGCACGGGCCCGUGCGAUAUCGUUUUUCUGCACACGGCGGGGUCUGAUAGUCGGCAGUAUCACGGGAUUAUGAACGAUGCGCGGAUGAGGGCUCAGUGCACGAUGUAUGCGUUUGAUUUGCCUUCGCAUGGGCGCAGUUUUCCGAGUCCAGAAUAUCCCGCUGGUGGGCAUACAAAUAGCGAGGAUGCGUAUCUUAGUUGUAUUGCGGGGGUGAUUAAGGAAUUGAGAUUGAAGAAUCCUAUUCUGUGUGGUGCGUCGAUGGCUGGUCAGGCGUGUAUUGCCGCUGCUAUUCGUGCGGAGGAGGUUGGGAUUGGUGGUUCGAUUCCAUUGCAGGGAUGCGAGCGCAUUGAGAUGCACCGCGAGUGGCAUGACAAGUCCCCUCUGAUCAACAGUGCUACUUUUAACCCGGAAUGGGUUUACGGAAUGAUGUGCCCAACAGCUCCCCGCGAAAACCGGCAAUUGCUCUGGCACACAUACAGUGCCCAAGCCUACGGCGUCUACCACGGCGACCUAGACUUCUACUUCAACGGCUGGGACGGCCGCGGUAGAAUUGAAACCAUCAACACGAGUAAAUGCCCAAUCUACCUCCUCGCUGGUGAAUACGACUGGAGCAAUACUCCUGAGAUGUCGGAGAACACGACUAACAAGAUUGCCGGGGCGAGAUUCAAGCGAAUGCCGAAGCUGGGUCAUUUCCCGGCGACAGAGGACCCGGCGGUUUUUGUACCGCACUUGUUGGAGGCGAUUGAGCAUUGUGCUGGGAAGGGCAAGGAGGAAAAUAGUGUUUUGUAAAGAUCUUAUAAUGAGUAGAUUAUGCAUAUAGCUGACAAUAGAGGCAAUUGUC